CCGUAGGGAAGAGGGGGGUAAAAAGUCCCUGCUGAGCUUCUGGCCAAUCGUUGAGCCUGGUGAUCCAGCAUGGCCAGCUGGCGCCCGCGUCAUAAGGCUGAGCGAGCUGCCACGCUCUCCUCUCUUCGAGCUUCCACCGAACAUAGGUACCUACUGACCUACCCUAACCACGUGCGAAAUGUGACCUGCUUGACUCCUCUCAACCUGCGACCCAAGAGGUUCUGCUGUUCGCAAACACAGAUCUCUUUAAUCAAACACCGGCGGUUUUGAAUUUCGUACCGCGACGUCAAGAACCCCUACGUCAAGAACCCCGACGUCAAGAACCCCGACGCCCAGAUGGCAGCACCCAGGGGCGCAGCGGCCCGCCUGCGGCGAACAUUCCACUAUCCCACGGACGACGACUCCGCAGACUCCCAGCCCGAUGUCAUGGACGAAGAAGAACAAGAAGUCAUCAUCCAGCGCCUCGCAGACGAAAACGCCGCCCGGAACGCUCAGUUCAACACCUUCCUCCUCGCCCUCCCCCUUCUGACGACGAUCCCCUACCUUAUCUCGCUCUUCCGCCUUUCCGCGCCUUUGACUUCCCUGCUGUCAAUCACGUCUCUCCUCUCGACUGCCUUCCUUCUGCACACACAGCCCCCGGAUGUCACUGGCAUCGCCCUCCUCGACGCCUGGUCCCACCCCAAGACACCGCGCGCCAGCCCCUCCUCCUCUCUCGCCUCUUCGACCUCGUCCAUCUCGGGGGCGUCGUCGUCGUCGUCGUCGUCGUCGUCAUAUCAGCCAGUUCGGACCCCGGGCCGGACGAGGCGCAGGAGAAGCUCCUUCUCAGUCGUAAAGGACCAGAAGUCACCACUGGAGACGUACCUGCCCUACCUCAACCUGGGUCUCUGCGCCGUGCUCGUGCUUACGGGCUUCGUGACGAGGUCAGGCGAGAGACAUGCGCUCGGCCACGUCGGUCUGGGAAACUUGCCGGCCAUCGUGUACGUCGUGACCCUUAUCGCCAAGGUCGUCAUGGGCAGUGUGGAUCCGGAGAAGGAGUUGGCCGCGCUCAAGUACGACUUGAAGGGCGCGUGAGGUUUACCGAGGCGGUUCUUUUGGUCUUUGUGUAUCACGGGGACGGAAAAGGGUUGCUUUUACGACUUUAUGCCAGAAUGACGACAUUAUUACUUGAAUGCUGCGUAAACAUUGGGUGUGUUGGGUAUUUCGGGGCAAGACUUGUGAUUCACGAGAGUGCCCAAGUUUAUCUACAAUUGCCCGUAUGGAAUUAUCACUCUACACAUCUAUAGAUUCGUUGAACCGCAAAACACCAUGGCUUCUGAGGACGCCGUCCACCCCCUUGGGCAGCCGCGGGAACGGGUCUGUCAGAGAAUGUGUCGUUGAAGGCUCCAGCGACUUGUCUGUGACGAGCGCGAGGCCGUGUGACUUGAUCGCGUCCACCAAAGCGGGAACCAUGUCCUGUCAUGAUAGG